GUGGAGAACAGGCCGCGUCACCAUGGCAACGGCGCGGCAAGGACCGGCCGGAAGUGACGCGACGGAAGUAGCCGGAAGUGCCGGUGACCGCAUGGUGGCGGCGGCGGCGGCGGGAUGGGGCGGCCGGGCAAAAGCAAGCACCAGAAGAAGGAGCGCGCGGCCGCGCGGCACCAGGCCCAGCAGGACUUCGCCACCGUCCCCCACUCCUUCGUCUUCCACCGCGGGCGCGGCGGCAGAAACCUGCGGCAGCUGGUGGGCGACGUCAGGAAGGUGAUGGAGCCUUUCACCGCCAGGGCCCUCAAGGUGCGCAAGAACAACUCCCUGAAGGACUUUGUGGCGGUGGCCGGACCCUUGGGGGUCACACACUUCCUGGUUUUCAGCAAAUCCUCCUCCAGCAUCAAUUUUAAACUUUUCCGCCUGCCCGGGGGCCCGACAUUGACGUUCAAGGUGCUGCAGUACUCGCUGAUCAAGGACGUGGUGUCGUCCCUCAAGCGGCACCGCAUGCACGAGCAGCAGUUCACCCACCACCCCCUCCUGGUCCUCAGCAACUUCGGCCUCCAGCAGAUCCAGGUCAAGGUCAUGGCCAGCAUGUUCCAGAACAUGUUCCCCUCCAUCAACGUCCACAGGGUCAACCUCAACAACAUCAAGCGCUGUUUGCUCAUCGCCUACAACGCGGAGACUCAGCAGCUCGAUUUCAGGCACUACAGCGUGAAGGUCGUUCCCGUGGGCGUCAGCAAAGGCCUCAAGAAGCUGCUGCAGGAGAAGUUCCCCAACAUGAGCCGCCUGGAAGACAUCAGCGAACUGCUGGUCAAGGACAUCAACCUCUCGGAGAGCGAAGCCGAGCAGGAUGGGACCCACAACACGCUGGAGCUGCCGCAGGCGUACGCCGGCCGCGGCAACAUGAAGGCGCAGCAAAGCGCCGUGCGCCUCACCGAGAUCGGCCCCCGCAUGACGCUGCAGCUCGUGAAGGUCGAGGAGGGGCUGGCGCAGGGCAACGUCCUCUACCACAGUUUUGUGCACAAGACGGAGAGCGAGGUGCGGGAGAUGCUGGCGCGGAAGGAGGCGAAGCUGCGGCUCAAGGCGGAGCGGCGGCACAAGCAGGAGGCGGACGUGGAGCGCAAGCGGCGGCAGCGCGAGGCACAGAGGGAGAAGAGCCUGGCCGGGAUGCGGCGGAAACGGCAACAGGACGGUGACAGCGACGCCGAGGACCCCGGCGCGCCGGAGCAGCCGGAGGCGGCCGAGCAUUCAGAGAGCGACAACGAUGCCGAAUAUUACCGGGAGGAGGUGGGCGAGGAGCCCGACAAAGAUCUCUUCCCCAAGCGGAAGCGAAGCUCCUCGGGCGCUGCGCCCCUGCGGAAGCGCCGCCGGCGCAGCCGACCGGAGGAUCCCGGCACCGCGGCGCCGGGGAAGGGAGACGCGGCGCGGAGGGACCCGCUGCACCGCGGCGGUGCCGGGAAGGGGGCGACGGGGCGCAAAGCGCGCCGAAGAACCCAACGGCCGCAGCGGGGGGGGAGCGAUGGCGGCGCCACGAGGCCGAAGGGCAGAGGGAAGGUGCUGAUGAAGGGGAAGCUGAUUUUCCGGCGGCCGGGCCGUGCCAAGGGGAAGCGCAGGAAAUGGGCCCCCCCUGUGCAAUACACGGUGUGGAAUGGCGCCUGUGGCUCUGCUGGUUUUUGGGGGCGUUGUGGGGUGUGGCUGUCGCCGAACCCCGUGACUCCGGUUGCUCAGGCAGCCCCUGCCUGCGUGGGCUGGAGGUUCCGGGUGACAAGGGGAAGUGCCACCCCCUGCCAGCCUGUUGUCCCCAUAGCGGGACAGGGGGUGGCCCUGGGACUGUCACCGAGGGGAAGGACAGGAGAGGACGCGCAGCCGGAGGAUCUCUACCUGCACCCCAAGAGUCCUGCCUGCAGCUGGGAUCUCUACCUGCACCCUGAGAUCCAGGCAAAGGCCGCCCAACGGGCCACAUCCUGUCCCAAAAGGCACAAGGUCUCGCUCGCGGCACAAGGCUCAACCAAACCCUCCCCACCGCGUCACCGGCAACUCCACCCACUUCCCUGCCCGCAACCACAACCCCGCAGUCGGGGGGCGACCAGCAGGACCCCCCGGCGCGUCCCCCUCGCCAUGGCGGCUCCGCUCACCCGCUGCGGCAACUUCAGCGCCAUCCAGGAGUCUCUGUGGCCGGUGCUGGCGGCACAAUUCCCUCCGGCGCUGCUGGGCAACGCCGCGGCCGUUUACCGCUUGGCCGCCGCGGCGCGCUCCUGGCACAGCGGCUCCGUCUACUCCUUCCACCUGGCGCUCAGCGGGCUCCUCUACUCCCUGUCGCUGCUGUUUUUAGCCGCGUAUUAUUACCCGCCCAAGGAUUGGCGCUACGGCGCGGCGCUGUGCAAGCUCGAGCGCUUCCUCUUCAACUGCAACCUCUACGGCGGCACCUUCUUCCUCGCCUGCAUCAGCCUCAACCGCUUCCUCGCCAUCGUGCACCCGCUGCGGACGCGCGGGCGGCUGCACCGCCGGGGCGCCCAUGCGCUGAGCGCGGCCGUUUGGGCGCUCGCCGCGGCGCUUUCGGCGCCCACCUUGUUCUUCACCGAACUGCGGGAGGCCGGGGAAGGCGCCACGGAGUGUUUGGGGAGCGCGACGCCGGAGCGGUUGCCGCGGUUCUACCCGUACAGCCUGGCCAUAGCGGCGCUGGGCUGCGCGCUGCCGUUCCUCCUCACCGCCGCCUGCUACGCCGCGGUUCUCCGCACCGUUUGGCGCAACCGUCACCUCGGCCCGGUGGAGAAGCGCAAAGUGGGGUUGUUGGUGGGUGCCGGGGUGGCUCUUUACGCCUUUUCCUACCUCCCGUACCACAUUUUCCGGAACCUCAACCUGCGGCGGCGUUUGCUGGCACCCGGCGCGGAGAAUUGCGGCGUAUCCAGAGCCGUUCACGCCGCCGCGCAGGUCUGCAAGAUCCUGGUGAACCUCAACGUCUGCCUGCAGCCGCUGCUCUACGCCGCGCUGCCCGACAGCACGCCGAGCUGCUGCGGUGCCACCAACGCCGCCGGCGAGCGCGCCGAGCACGCCGAGAUGCGCCCGGUGGCCUAAAAACACCCCAAAGUGGCCGCGAUGGGGGUCGGCGCGGCGAUUGGGUGCGUUGUGCUCCCGGCAAGGGCUGGGGGAACGUGGGAAAGUGGUGAUUAAAGCCGAAAGGGAAAGUG